ACCAUCGUUUGACUUUUUAACCAACUCUCUCUCUCUGCUACCUGCGCUGUCACUCAGCUGAGCUCCGGCGGCGCCGAGCAGCGGCGCCGAGCGGGCCCAUGGCGACGGCGAUCCCCAAGGUGGACCUGCGCGAGGUCGAGCCGGGCACCCCGGGGUGGGAGGCGGCCCGGGCCGCGGUGACCGCGUCCAUGGUGGCGCACGGCUGCGUCGUGGUCGCGCACGGCGCCGUCGGGCCGGAGCUCCGGGAGGCGCUGUUCGGCCGCGCCGUGCCGGAGCUGUUCGCGCUCCCCGUCGAGGCCAAGCAGCGGAACGUCUCCACGCUGGGGCCCUUCAGGGGGUACAUCAGCAACAUCCCCGGGAUGGACUGGGAGAGCCUCCGCGUCGGCGACGCCGCCGACGCCGCCCGCGUCCGCGAGUUCGCCGACCUGUUGUGGCCGGAGGGCAACCCGGAAUUCUGUGACACUAUCCUAUCGUUUGCCAAGAAGAUGAGGGAGCUGGAGGGGACGGUGGUGAGGAUGACCCUGGAGGGCCUCGGCGUCGGGGACGAGCACAUCGCCUCGCACCUGGACGCGCUCAGCCACGGCGUCCGGCUGUCCCGCUACGGCCCGCCGCCGGACGCGUCCACCGCCGUGUCCAUGCAGGCGCACCGCGACGACAGCAUGACCACCAUCAUCGUGCAGCACGAGGUGGAAGGCCUCGAGGUGCAGGCCAGCGACGGGAGCUGGCACCCGAUCCCCCCGGAGCCGGACACGAUCGCGCUCGUCGCCGGCGAGCUGUUCACGGUCGUGACGAACGGGCGCGUGCCGCCGUGCCUCCACCGCGUGAGGACGCCGAGCAGCCGCGAGCGCUACUCGGUGCUGUUCGGCUGCCGGUACAGGGACGGCACGGUGCUGAGCGCCAUGGAGGAGCUCGUCGACGGCGACCACCCGGCGGCGUACAGGCCGUGCAAGGGCGAGGACUACAGCCUGUUCCGCUACUCCGAGGAAGGGCGCAAGUUCAGCGACCCGCUCAAGGCCUUCUGCGGGGUAGAAGCUGCCACUGCAAAUUAAAGUGAUAUGUAAACUCAAAAAAAAAAAGAACAAACUAUAUUUCGAAUAAUUUGGCCAUAAUUCAGCCGAAUAGCCUAUCGUCUUUAAACUUUUCAGCAGGUUGCGAAAUUC